CUCAAAGUGUUUGACUCAUUUGAGUGCUUGGUCUUCUGUAUGAGAAACAAGCAGUGCGCUUCUGUGAACUUUGCUGCUAAUUCUAAUGUCGAUCAAAAGUUUUUGUGUCAACUCCUAAAGAUUGAUGGCGGUAUAAAGUUAAAAAGCCCAACGCAGCAGAGUACAGAAUACCAUCAUUACUAUAAGAAUCCAUGUGCUGAUAACCCCUGUCAGAACUCAGGUACCUGUUACAUCACUGAUAAGUACGAUUUUAACUGCGCCUGCUCUGAGCCGUACUCUGGUAAACUGUGUGAAAAAGUAUCUUGGAUAAGAGUCAGUCAAGAGCCAUUGUGCUUCGGCGCCAAGGAUAAUUCAUUCGGCACGUUCUUUGCGCCUUCACCAGGUCGUUUAGCAUCGAUCAAACUAGUUCAUCUAAAUGGCACGGUUACGUGUGACAAAUCAGCACAGCCAACAAGAAGCACUUUCUGGGGCUGCUUUUCGCCCUCCACGAAUAUCUCCAAGAUCACCAUAAUCAUAACAGAUAAAAACAACAGCAAGCUAUUGCCAACCUAUUCCAACAAUCUCAAAGGUUUCCAUGGAAACGCCACAGCUAUAGUAUUCAGCACGGAGAAUUUGGGAGUGUUCAAUGAGGUAACCGCUGGACAAGAGUUUCGGAUCUGGUAUUAUGAGGACUUCACAAAUAACGGAGAAAGCGAUAACGACGGUUUGUCUUGUGCGAAUGUAUAUGUCGUCUAUUGGCCAUAGUGUUAUAUACAUAAUGUAUUGUAGGUCUCGUAUGUAUAUAACAAUGCAUCAUGAUAUGACUGUAUGAAACAGUACAAUGUAUGACUGUAUGAAACGAUACAAUGGGAAACCAUUUCCACGUCAAGGCAUGCUUAACUACAAUACAAUACAACAAUACAAUAACUUUAUUUAUACUUGAAUUACAAGAUAGCAAGU